ACUUGAUACAAAAGCACCAUCGACCGCUUUACCAUGCCCUUCUACGAAAUCCAUCACUCUUGUCCUUUCACUCAGGACCAACGUCAAAGUCUAGCAGCCGCAAUAACAAGGCUUCACUGUGAAGCUUUCAAGACUCCAGCAUUCCUGGUCCACGUACGCUUCUUCGCAGAAGACAACACCAAUAACACUUACUUCGUCGCUGGAAAGUCUCACCCUCUAACAUCAAAUCGCAUCUCUGGAAAUGUUCGCACGUCGGCAGCCCGGUCGAAAGCAGAUUUCGAUGAUCUCGGUGCUAAGAUUGAAGCAGCUUGGUACCAAUCGCUUCAAAUCACGUCGCCGACUGAGAAGUCAACUUGGAGCGACGAGGAUGAGAAGACAAGGUUAAUUAUGGUGAAAUUUAUACCGCUAGUCACGAUUCGUGAGGGAGGAAUGGCUGCGCCACAGGCGGGUGACGAAAAAGCGUGGCUCAAAGAACAGCUGCCCCAUAUUGAGAGUAUGGCUAAUAAAGGCGUUGAGGAUUUUAUUGACUUCUGGAAUGAAAUCAAGGGGAGCAAGGGUCAGUGAGUGAUAUCUGUUGAGGACAAGGGGGUGAUUAAGGAGCCAUGUACAACGAGUUAGUGGCAGCAAGUUUAUAUAACAGUAUCCCAUUGGUGCAUUCGGAGAA